AUGACUCGAAAUAACCUGUCAGGCCACCUCUCCUGGUUGUUGUUGAACGUUGCGCUGUCAAAACCCACCGCCCGCGAAUUUCCCACCACAAGCGAUACCUCAUCGUUUCGUUUUUCACAAUCGCAAUCGCAAUCUGCCGACGCACCUGCGGCGAACCUCAGCCAGGCAACCACUGCAUCGACCAGCACAGAUAAACGGAUAUCCCAGGUACAGGCAUCUGGGAGCUCAAAUGGCCUACCGAAGAGAGAAGAAGCUUUGCAGGAUAAAGAAGUGGUGGUAUUAGAGGACGACAGUAUGGGCCGCUUGAACUUGUCUACCAAACCGAAGAAAAUAUCGCUUCUGUCCCAAAAUGGCCAGCUCGCAACACCGUUAACCACUGAUCCUCAGACCAAGCAACGCUUGAAUGAGCCUUUUAAGUCCAGUGCAGCUGCAAAGACCACGAAUCUAAUACAAGAUGCCAUCUCAGAAACGAAACCAGGUUCAUCACGCCGCAUCUCAUCGCCGGAAUUUAGCGCUGAUUUCGCCGACUUCGAUGAUGACGACUUGGAGUACAUGGACCUAACAAGAACAACCGGCGCAUCUGACGAGUCUCUACAAUUCGGCGACGAUGUGAAGGUCUGGACGGAAAAGGACGCAUCUUGGGAAGCGCCGGCUAAAGCCAAAAAGAGAAAGAGUGCUGAUACCGGCUACGCUGCUGCUGAAAGCCAAUUUCCGGAUGUAUAUCAGCUCCUGGGAGCUGAUCCUCCAGCCCCGACUCCUGGUCGUCGUUCUGCAACAAAAGGUGCGAAAAACGGAUCUUCCAAGAUGUCCUUGGAUGGGUCUUCCUCUCCUUUAGGCCGAGCUGCUGCUCAAAGGGCGCCAUCUCCUAUCAGGCGGACUCCAGAAAAAGACUACGCUAUCAGCAGUUCUGAAAGACGAAAGAAAUUAAAGGUUGCUGGUGAGCGACCUUCGUCUCUAGACUCUCCAGAUCUCGACGACGCUGCCCAACCUGAGCCACGACAAGCUAACGAAAUUUUCAUCCCGGACUCCGAUGAUGAAUUUGUUACACCGCCGUUGAAUACGGCUACUUCUAAGAAAAUCCCAGCGAAGCCUUUUGUUAAUCUACAAGAGGAGGACGCUUUCCUUAUGGAUGUUGAAGAUUUAGCUGUAUCUCCUAGGCCAAGACACCAACGUUCAUCUCCACCUCGGCCAGUUCAGACUAAAAAUCCAGGUGCUUUACACCAUCAAAAUGUAUCUGAAACCCAGAGCACUGGCACCAUCGAUAAUUUCAACGAAACACACUCAUCACAACAUAAAAUUCCAUCAUCUAGCCAAACACAGAAAAUCUUGUCUCGCAUUUUAGCAAAUCCACAACUUCUAAUCCAAAAAAGCGAAUCCCUGGACAACCAAAUUCAACAAAAUGAUAGGGACUUCUUACAGGCUAUAAACGACCGGCUACCGAAAGAUAAGAGAAACGAAAUUAAAGCAGAGAAAGAACGCCUCAUCCAACAGCAAAAAGCAAUGCAGGACCUUAAUGAAGCGGUGAAGAGCUAUAGAGCCUUGAAUGAACAGCGAGAAGCAGUUGCUCUACAGGUAGCCGAGUCUUAUUCAAAGGGCGUAGAUACAGAUGACGACGAAGCUCGACUUGAUGAACUUACUGAGCGUGUCGAGUCAACAGAACGAGAGCUUUCCCAAAUACUAGUCGAGGCAGGCCUUGACGAGGCCAAUUUCAUGGAAAAACAGAAAGAUCCUGUUCUGACUGAGAGAGACGAGCAUAUCGUUGUCCUUGGUACGCAAGCUGGUCAUAGAGGCAUGGUCAAUAUGUCACGGAGCUCAAGGGAUACUCCGUUAUCUAUUGGAGGAACUCAAGUUGUUCACCAAACGCAGCUCCCUGAGCCGAUUCGAUCACAACUAGGCAGUGAGCCACUGCACAAUUUUUCUCUUCCUGAUCGUGCCUCUAGGUCUGCUUCAAGAGCGGCACCACAUUCCAGCAUAAAUCACCUCAUGGACGUAGAAGACGAUUUCUUCUCUGAUAUUGACGAGAUUGAGAUGCAACUGCCUCCGAAACCCACCAAAAAGACCACUCAGCUCGACAAGGGCAAAACUCCUCUGAGACAUCGCACUCAGCGCUCAGGAAAUGAAUUUAGCGAUUUCAGCGACGAUGCUGAUAUGCUUGCAUUUGCUCAAGACUACGAGAUACGCCAAUCUGCUGGCGGGCCACCCCAAGACUCUCGAGUAUUUUCAGAAACCUCGGGAAAUGCCUUGCCUGCGCCAAAACAGAGGCAAUUACCCUCAAAAAGGCAAUCACCUCCAGAACCAUCUCAAACAAGGAUACCGCCAGAACUGAUGAGACAUCCUUGGUCUGCAGACGUCCAGAAGACUUUGAAAGAUCGAUUCAGGAUGAAAGGAUUCCGGCACAAUCAAUUAGAAGCCAUCAAUGCCACACUCGCUGGCGAAGAUGCCUUCGUUCUGAUGCCAACAGGUGGUGGAAAAUCUCUCUGUUAUCAGCUUCCAGCCGUUGUCAAGUCUGGGAGGACAAGAGGAGUAACCAUCGUCAUAUCUCCUUUAUUGAGUUUAAUGCAAGAUCAGGUGGAUCAUAUGAAAGCCUUAGGGAUACAAGCCGUUGCAUUCAACAGUGAAUGCUCUCCCGAGUACAAACGACAGGUCAUGUCUGCUUUCAAUGAGCGGAACCCAGAGCAUUUCAUUGAGCUUCUCUACAUCACACCGGAAAUGGCUAGCAACAGCGUCCAGUUUCUUAACGCCAUGGUGAACUUAUAUCAGAAGAAAAAAUUCGCCCGCUUUGUCAUUGACGAAGCUCACUGCGUCAGCCAGUGGGGGCAUGAUUUCAGACCUGAUUACAAGAAUUUAGGCCAGCUUCGGUCCAAGUUUCCCGAAGUUCCUGUCAUGGCCUUGACAGCUACUGCAACCCAAAAUGUUAUUGUUGACAUUAAGCAUAAUCUUGGCAUGAUCAAUUGCCAAGUGUUCUCGCAAAGUUUCAACCGUCCAAAUCUGUAUUAUGAAGUUAGGCCGAAAAGUUCAAAUCCGGUGGCGACCCAGCAAAUUGCCUCUCUAAUCAAUUCUAAAUACCGGAACGUCACUGGAAUUGUUUACACAAUCUCACGAAAACAAGCUGAAGACGUCGCUGAGAAGCUCUCAGAUCAUGGCAUCGCCGCCCGUCAUUACCAUGCUGCCAUAACGCCUGCGGAAAAAGUUGAGGUGCAAACAGCAUGGCAGAGGGGCCAAAUCAAAGUUGUAGUAGCAACUAUUGCUUUUGGUAUGGGUAUUGAUAAACCAGACGUCAGAUUUGUUAUGCACCAUGGCAUUCCGAAGAGCUUAGAAGGCUAUUAUCAAGAAACUGGCCGUGCGGGGCGAGAUGGGAAUCCCUCUGACUGUAUCCUGUUUUACGGAAAAGCGGACAUAAGAGUCCUCAAAAAACUAAUUAUAGACGGAGAUGGUAGCAAGGACCAGAAGGAAAGACAGAUGGUAAUGUUGAAUCGUGUAACAGCAUUUUGUGACAACAAGGCCGACUGCCGACGAACUGAGGUCCUCCGCUAUUUUGGGGAAGAUUUCAAUGCGUCACAAUGCAACAAGACAUGCGACAAUUGCCAGGCCGGGUUAGUUUUCGAGCAGCAGGACUUCUCUGAAUACGCUAUUGCCGCUAUACGGAUCGUCCAGCAGCAGCAGAGACUCACAGCGAACCAAUGUGCAGAUAUUCUGAUUGGUAGGAAAUAUCCAGAAUACCAAGAACAAAAUUCAGACGAGUAUCACGGCAUGGCCAAGGGGAUGAAGAAGCAUGAGAUGGUGCGCGUUAUUGACCGCCUCUCGGCUGAAAAAGGCUUCCAUGAAGAAAAUAUUGUUGGAAAUCAUGGAGUUGCCAUUCAAUAUCUUCGAAUCGGACCUGCUGCCAAUCAAUUCUUGACGGGAAGACGGAAAUUGAUGCUAACAGUCCAAGUUUCGGACCAAGUGGGCUCGAACCAGAUGAAGACAAAGAAAACAAAAGUUAGCAAAAAGCAAAAAGAGCCAGCAGCUAAUGUGCAGUCAACAUACGUCUCGUCGCCAAUCAAUAGACGUAGAAAAAGAGCAGCAAUUGUCGAUAGUGAUGACGAGUCGAACUUGCCUAUGACAUCACGAGGCUAUGUGAAUGAUGGAUUCGUUGUCUCAGACGAGGAGGCCGAAGAGGAUGAGGCCGAUGAAGAAGCUUUCGAGCCGCUCCCACAGCACCGGCCUGCAAAGCCGACUUCGAAACCUAGUUCCAAAAAGACUUCGCGACCGGAGCCUGUACCAAGCAAACACAGGCUGCAAGAUUUGCCAGAUAUCCACCAAGACGUGGUGGACGCUUUUGUCCAACAGGCGCGUCAAUUAGAAGAGCGUAUCCGAAAUAGAUUGGGCCUCAGGCGGCCAAUGUUUACGGACACUCACCUGCAAGAAAUGGCUAUCAACUGGACCACCUCGAUCGACAGGAUGAGUCGCAUUCCCGGAAUUGAUGUUGAUAGAGUCCAAGAGGUUGGCCCAAAGCUGAUACCAUUAUUGAACACGUAUCAUGCAUCGUAUCGUGAGAUUGCUGCGGCAGACGCGGGCACUGGCGCCUCAACCUCCAACUUGGAUCAAGAAAUAGUAGACUUGAUCAGUUCGGACAUCGAUAUCGACGAAGAUGAAGGGGGAGAAGGGGAAGACUCCCAUUACUUCUCUUCCAAACCAGCAGCUGAUGUCCAAGCCUUCCAUGAUAGGCUGCAAACAUUGAAUAGCCAGCCAAGUCAAUCCAGAGGCAAAUCUUCCUAUAGCCGAGGAGGAGGAAGCAGGAAAUUCUCUGGUAAAAAGUGGCCCAAGAGAGGCGCUGGCGCUGGAGGCUCUCAACGCCGGAGCGGUGGUUCCGGUAGGAGAGGUGGUGGUUCCGCAGGUGGUAACGGCGCGUCGUCAUCACGAUCUGCCGCAGGAGGCAGCGGCGUCGGCGGAUUCAAGCGAGACAGCAAAAUCGUCAAGAAGAGCGGAGGUGGCAUCGGGUUAAUGCCUUUAUGA